AUGGCUGACUUUCUCGUCAACAGAACCUACGUGGACAACCAGCGAAUCCUGUACGUGGAUCCCGGAAGUGGCGGGUUCUGGAAGUAUGGCGGCUUCAGUGGCGGCAACAUUUGGGGGUCAUCUAAGAUGGCUCCUUUUGACCAGAAUUUCUACCUCAUUUUGAACGUAGCCGUUGGAGGUACAUCCGGGUUCUUCCCUGACGACGUCAACUAUGGCGUGAAAAAGCCAUGGAAAAACAACUCCCCUCGAGCCGCUGAAGACUUCUGGAACGCCCAUAGCCAAUGGCUGCCGACAUGGCAAGGCGAUAACGUGGCUCUGUUGAUUGACUACGUAGAGUUCCGAAGUUUGUAA